AUCACUUCCGCUUUUAAACUCUGACGAAGAAACAUCGCAGGUGUGUGAAUUCGUUUCUCUAAUUCUUGUUUGUUUCAAAUAAAAUCCAUAUAAUUUUAGAAUUGUAACAUAAACGAGUUUCUUCUAUUUGAAAAUAUUAUAUUUGAAAUAUAAAAUAAUGGCUAAUGGUCAAGAAGAAUAUAAUACGGAGAAAAAGGAUGAGUCUGUUACUGAAGAGGUUAAAAAGGAUAAGCCGGUAGAAAAUGCAAAGGACGAUACAAAAACGGAAGAAACGAAAGAAACGAAAGAAUCUUCGGAACCUACUGAAGAAUUAUUAGAACAGAUUAAGGACCAAAUAGAAUUUUAUUUUGGAAAUGUAAAUAUGCAAAGAGACAAGUUCCUUACGGAACAAAUAAAACUAGAUGAAGGAUGGAUACCUUUAUCAGUUAUGCUUAAUUUCAAUAUGUUGGCUACGAUGACUACAGAUUGUGAUAUAAUUGUAAAAUCUCUCGAAUCAAGCGAAUUAAUCGAAAUAUCUGAGGAUAAGAAGAAAAUAAGACGUUCGCCAAAAUUUCCUUUACCUAUAUAUAACGAAGAGUAUAGAAAGGCGCAGGAAGCCAAAACAGUUUAUAUGAAAGGAUUUCCAUUAGAAAAUAUAAAUAUUCAGAAAUUAAAGACUUAUUUCAAGCAAUAUGAACCAUAUGAAAACAUUGUUAUGAGAAAAUAUUUGGAUAAGGAUAAGACGUUACACUUUAAAGGUUCUAUUUAUCUACAAUUUAAAACCUUAGAUGAUGCUAAAACUUUCAUGGCAAGAGAAUCUGUUAAAUACAAUGAAACAGAAUUAAUAAGGAAGUGGGCGGCUGAUUAUAAUGUAGAACGAGCUAGUGAAAAGGAAGAAAGAAAACAGCGUAUACAAGAAGCAAGAAAUAAAAAAACAGAAGCUGCAUCAAAAGAUUCUAAGGUAGCAGAUAAUGUAAAUUUACCAAAGGGUGCUAUAAUACACAUGAAAGGAAUGCCCGAUGAUUGUACAAGGGAUAUAAUUAGAACACGUUUCGAAGAAUUUGAAAUUCCUAUCGCUUAUAUUCAUUUCGAGUCAGGUGACAAAGAAGCCUGGAUUCGUUUCCAAGAAGAGAAUGCAGCAAAAACUAUCUUGGAAAAAUUAUCAGAAAAUAAGAUCUUGAUCGAGGAAACGGAAGUUACAUGUCGGGUUUUGGAAAAUGAAGAAGAACAAAAGUACCUCGACGAAGUUAAGAAAUAUAUUUCUAACCUCAGGCAACGUCAUAAGAGCAGAAAUGAGAAUAAAAAAAAUCGCACAGGACACAAGGGAGGAAGGAAAAGGCCUGCGACUUCUCCUGCAGAUCAUGAGCCAGCAAAAACUGCUGCCGUUGAGUAGUUAUUAUAGAAAUUAUUUAAGGUGCGAGAUAAAGUUGAUCGAUGGAAAUUUUUUCAUCAUGGUUGACCUGCUAUGUAUAAUACAAUUCAUAUUAAUGUAACAAUUUAUACAUGUACAAAGCGGAGGAAGCUUUGUAUAUAUGUGUUAAGAGAUUUAGAAAUGCUAGACAUUUUUUUUAUUACUUUGAGAUUUAAUUUUUUUUCCGGAUAAUCGAAGGGUCUGUUAUAUAAUAAAAAAAAUUAAAUUAUAUAAGAUCCGGAUAAAAGAAAAUAAACAAAUGACCUAUUAUAUACAGUACCUUUAAAUACGAUUAUUUUUCUAUGGUUAUCGAAGUUCGUAAUAAUUAGGACUGUAGUAGUAUUUUAUGAUAUACGAUAAACCGUUAAAUAAAGUUUGUAAUGAUGUUCCUGACACGAUAUUGUAAAAUUAUAUUGGUAAUAUUUUUUUAUAGAUUUUAGUACUGUCUCAGCUUCCUGCGCCUUUCUGUAUUUUUCAUUGUAUAUCGGUAAAUGAAAAUUCAACGACCGUUUUAUUUUCUUCUUCUCAGAUAAUUCACUCGAUUCAAAAGAUUUCACGAUAAUAUUGCGAUUGGUAAUCAUAGUAGGUUAUAAUGCAAAUAAUAUACAUAGGAAUAUAUCGUACCGAUGAGUAUUUAUAAAUAAGUGUUUAUUGUUUUACAGUGAAAUUUACAAAUCGUUCGAGCUAAGUCGCUAGUUAAAUUUCACUGUCGUUUUAUUUUAUUUAUUUUUGUUUAUUAUUUUACGUGCUUGAUAUUCCUUUUUUUUUUUUAUUAUUAUUAUUUCUUUUUUUCCUUUUUACGUACGAUCGCAAACAAUUGUUAACGUAUGUAUUGCGAACCAUGGGGAUUUGUUUGCGAAUAAUGCUUGAAAAAAUGUUUACGCGAGAGCGUAGUUGAAAAUUAUCAAAGUCGACACGA